UAAGGGACCAUCUUACUUAUUUUCUCGAGGCAUUCACAUGGCAACUUCCAUUCUGUAUUAUAUAUACACAUUCACACACAAAUUCUCAUCUACCAGUUUUAAAGUUGUCUGCACGAUUAUCCAUUUUUUAUCAAACUUGAAAGCUCAACAAAUUGUUCUAGUAAAAGGCUAUUGAGGGUGAAAAAAAAAUGGGGAAAAUGUCAAUACCCAUGAUGGGUUUUGUGUUGUUAUGUCUGUGGACUGUGGUAGCAAAAGGAGAAUAUAUGAAAUACAAGGAUCCAAAACAGCCAUUGGGUAUGAGAAUCAAGGACUUGAUGAAAAGGAUGACUCUUGAGGAGAAAAUUGGUCAGAUGACUCAGAUUGAGAGGAAAGUUGCCACACCUGAUGUUAUGAAGCAAAAUUUCAUUGGGAGUGUCUUGAGUGGUGGAGGGAGUGUACCUGCACCUAAGGCCUCUGCUCAGGAUUGGACCAAUAUGGUAGAUGAGAUGCAAAAGGCUGCUCUUUCAACUCGUCUUGGAAUACCCAUGAUUUAUGGAAUUGAUGCGGUUCACGGUCACAACAAUGUCUAUGGAGCUACAAUCUUUCCUCACAAUGUUGGGCUUGGUGUCACCAGGGAUCCUGAUCUUGUGAAGCGUAUUGGGGCUGCAACUGCACUUGAAGUUAGAGCUACAGGAAUUCCAUAUGCUUUUGCUCCCUGCAUUGCAGUAUGUAGAAAUCCUAGAUGGGGCCGUUGUUAUGAAAGUUACAGUGAAGAUUAUAGGAUUGUGCAAAGCAUGACCGAGAUCAUUCCUGGUCUGCAAGGAGAUUUGCCAGCUAAAUCCAAGAACGGUGUUCCUUACGUUGGUGGAAAGACUAAGGUUGCAGCCUGCGCUAAGCACUUUGUGGGAGAUGGUGGAACGGUGAACGGUGUUGAUGAAAGCAACACUGUAAUCAACUCAAACGAUUUAUUUAGCAUCCACAUGCCUGCAUAUUAUGACUCGCUCAGAAAGGGUGUUGCAACGGUUAUGGUGUCUUACUCAAGCUGGAAUGGAAGAAAGAUGCACGCCAACGGAGAUCUAAUCACUGGCUUCCUAAAGAACAAGCUCAAGUUCAGGGGUUUCGUCAUUUCCGAUUGGCAAGGGAUUGACCGGAUUACUGACCCACCUCAUCUUAACUACUCUUAUUCAGUUCAAGCUGGAAUUAGUGCAGGAAUCGACAUGAUUAUGGUCCCCGAGAACUAUAGAGAAUUUAUCGAUGCUUUGACUUCUCAAGUGAAAGCCAACAUCAUUCCCAUGAGCAGAAUUGAUGAUGCUGUGAAGCGGAUAUUGAGAGUUAAAUUCGUUAUGGGUCUAUUUGAGAACCCAAUGUCUGAUCCUAGCUUGGCAAAACAACUCGGUAGCCAGGAGCAUAGAGAAUUAGCUAGGGAAGCAGUUAGGAAAUCACUUGUGCUCUUGAAGAACGGGAAAACGCCAAGUCAGCCACUACUUCCCCUUCCAAAGAAAGCGCCAAAAAUACUUGUUGCUGGAACUCAUGCAGACAACUUGGGAUACCAAUGUGGAGGCUGGACAAUCGAAUGGCAGGGCGUUGCAGGCAACGAUCUUACAGUUGGAACCACCAUCUUAAAUGCUAUCAAGAAAACCGUUGAUCCUUCAACACAAGUAGUCUACGAGCAGAACCCUGAUGCGAACUUUGUAAAGUCCAACGGAUUCUCCUACGCCAUUGUGGUCGUGGGUGAAGUCCCAUAUGCAGAGAUGUUUGGAGAUAGCUCAAACCUUACAAUAACUGAACCGGGCCCCAGCACCAUCAGUAACGUCUGCGGGGCAGUGAAGUGUGUUGUAGUUGUUGUCUCUGGUCGUCCAGUCGUGUUGGAGCCUUACGUUGCGAAAAUGGAUGCUGUUGUCGCUGCAUGGCUUCCCGGAACUGAAGGCCAAGGCGUUGCUGACGCUUUGUUUGGUGAUUAUGGCUUCACUGGAAAACUCGCUCGAACUUGGUUCAAGUCAGUUGAUCAGCUUCCUAUGAACUUUGAUGAUUCACACAAUGAUCCGUUAUUUCACUUUGGAUUUGGACUCACAACAAAGCCAGUGAAAGGCAACUACUAAACAAGAACAUGAUUCAAAGUCAUUUUGUCAUUCAGCCUUGAAGUGGAGCUAUUUUUUCAAAUUAAGAGCUGACUUGAGUACUAUUAUUAUGUGUAACCAAAGAAAGGAAAGAGGGAACUACUUAUAUGUAUUCAAUUUAUUUCGCAAUUUGUGCAAGCACUUGGCUUUCAGAAAACAAAAGUGGCAGAAGCUUGCCACAAAAUUAAGCCAGUGAUCUUGCUAUUUUGUUUUUCAUUAUUUAAAGCUGGUGGAUUUUGCCCAUGUAAUAUGGUUUAGGCACUGAAUGUGGAGUAUUGAAAUAUUAUGAACCCCAUAUGGAGGUAUUAAUUAUUAAUUGAUAAUGAGGAUUCAUAUAUCCGAACUCAA